CGGGCAUUACUUCUUUUAGUCUCUGUUGCAUUUUUCGCGCAAAAAUGCCGGAUCCAGCAAAAUCCGCUCCUGCUCCCAAGAAGGGCUCCAAGAAGGCUGUUACGAAAGUGCAGAAGAAGGACGGCAAGAAGCGCAAGCGCAGCCGCAAGGAGAGCUACUCCGUUUACGUGUACAAGGUGCUGAAGCAGGUCCACCCCGACACCGGCAUCUCGUCCAAGGCCAUGGGCAUCAUGAACUCCUUCGUCAACGACAUCUUCGAGCGCAUCGCGGGAGAGGCGUCCCGCCUGGCGCACUACAACAAGCGCUCCACCAUCACGUCCCGCGAGAUCCAGACGGCCGUGCGCCUGCUGCUGCCCGGCGAGCUGGCCAAGCACGCCGUGUCCGAGGGCACCAAGGCUGUCACCAAGUACACCAGCUCGAAAUCUCAGAAGUUGAUUGAAACAGAAACAGUUCAUACCGCAUGGUAGACAGAAUUCCAAAAUGAUCCCAAUGACUCACUCCCCUGUAUAAUCCCCUUGAGUGUGGGUGGAACGUAUGACUUGCUUCUAGCCAACAGAAUAUGACAAGGGUGAUAAAACGUCACUCUGGGGAUUCCUACAUUAUGUAAGACUCUAUCUUAGCAGUCUGGAUGGAGAAAGUCUCCUGCUGAACUUGAAGAAGUAAGCUGCCAUGCCAAGAGAGGGCCUACGAGAGCAUCACAAGUCAAAGGCCUCUAGGAGCUGAGAGUGGCCCCCCACUGACGGGCAGCAAGAAAGUAGAACCUCAGUCCUAGAACCACAAAGAACUGAAUUCUGCCAGUGACCUUGUGAGCCUAGAAGAGCUGAAAAAAGAAACACAGCAAAGUCAACACCCUGACUGCAGCCUUGGAAGACCCUCAGCAGAGCACUCAGCUAAGCUGUGAUGGGAGUCCUGACCCAUGGAAACAGGAAGAUCAUAAAUGUAAAUAGGAUCCAACCUUUGGAAGUAGGAAAGUGGCAUAGGAGGAGAAGCUGAGUUAGAGGUCACUCACCCACUUGCCCAUCAACUGGAACUGCAAGAGAUCAGAGAAUAAAGAUAUCAGUUGGUCCAGGGAAAAUGAUGAGGAAGAGAGAACUGGGGAGACAUAAUUAAUGUAGACUCUGAGGGAUCAACUCAGGUCUCUGAGUUUCUAUUUCUCUCUUUCAAAAUCCAGUACUAACAGAACUGAACAAGCUACAGGUGGUUAUCAAUGAAACUUUACUGUGGUGUUUCCAGGCUUACUGCUACCUCAGGGUCCCCCUUCCCAUCCUUUUGAUAAAAUAAACUCUAAUAAACCAUGGAAGCACAGAUACAAGUUGUCUCCACACUCAUGAGUUCUACCCAAAGUUACCACAGGAAGACAAAACUUUUGACUCCCCACAGCCACAGCCUGUACCCUAACUAUCCCCUCUGAGUCCAACUUACCCCAAAGGAGCAGAGCUGUCAAGAACCACAUGUUGUCUCCAAGCUGGUGGGAGCAGCGAAAUCUGUAACAUGCAAGAUAUUGAAGAGGUUCUGCUGGGGCUCCAGAGCCAAAUUAGAAAAGAGGAAGGAAAUUGCCUUUUCUGACUGUUCCUUUUCUGGGAAAUACAUCUUGAAUUUUGAAACAUGCUUUCCUCAUGCUCAUACUUCCUAGCGCAUCUCUCCCACUUUUGAAGUUCUAAUUUUUAGGUUAUGAACUCUCAGAAUCCAGGGAAAAGGCUAAAGUUGUAUUGAUAUUCCAUUCUGAUUAUUUUUUCCCUCUACCGUUUCUGUUUCUUAGGGUUAGAAUAUGGCAAAACCUCACUCUUAUCAUUGGUUCAAUGCCUGGCUAAUGCCUCCAAACGAUCCUUUGGAUCCAGAAGUUUCUAUAUCAGCCUCUAUGAGGCCAUGGGAAAAGUCACGCAUCUACAAGAGCUGCCCUAAUGCAAACCAGCCUCUGCUCCUCUGGGGACACAGACAGGAUCAAUCUCCCAUUUUGGUUAAAAAAGUAAACAAACUCUCUUCCUGAAAGACAUCAUAAAUUUGAAGUGUUUAUUUUGGCUAAAUCCAAGGUAAUUAAAUGUUUAAUGUGGAAGCUAUGGAGACGAAAAAUAACUCAUGACCAUGGAUAGGAAUGUCUUCAAGAAAAGAGUUUUAGAGUACCAGUGGUGAGCUCUGUGCCACCAAACUGAGGUGGCUCCUGAGACAGAGUUGUAACCCUACAAAAAGAUUUUUAGGUAUUGUGGUAAGAGAGAAAGAGAGCUAAACAGAAACUAGGAUGAAUUCAAUGAGUGCAGAGAGACUGGCAAUCUCACUGGCAGAGAAUGAAAAAUGACAAAUCAUGCUGUAGAUUGACGUACUGGCCCCAGCUUUUCACCACUCCCUGAAUCUACACUCUCUCCACAGCCUCCUGAGGGUACCUCUCUGACUCUUGACUGUGGCUCAUCAUGCAACUUUCACUGGCCAGCGAAAUGUGAAUGGAAACGACAUGGUGCUAAUUUCAAACUUAGCACUUAGGAAGCUUCACACAUUAUCUCUCAUCCUCUUGUUCUCCUGUGACUGCUGACACAAGAACCUUUUUUAGCUAGUCAACCACAGUGCAAAACAGAGCUGUCCUAAACAUUGUGGUUUGAGGCGGAACUGCCUCACCUGCCUUGCAACAGUGAGAACUAAACGCUUACCAUUAUAUGCCACUGAGAUUUUAAGAUUGCUAUACGAGCAAGAGCUGACUGACACAAAUGAAAAGCAAGGAAGAAAGGCCAGGAAGAACUCAGGGUGUUCUGAAGAGAUGAGAGAAGUCUCAGUUUGUCAAAAUUUAUAUUCAAAGCCUAUAUUUAUAACUAUUUUACUAUUUUGUCUCCAAAGUUUCCACUGUAUGCAUGUCCCAUAAUUUAUUUCACCAACUUCUCUUCAUGAACAUGUAGGUUAUUUCUAAUUUUUUACUGUAUGACCAGUAAAAAAUAUUGCUUAC